UUCAACUAAUCAGUUGCGCCACAACUUUCUGCAUAUAUGAUACACUUAUUAUAAAUUACAAUGGUGAUGACUUUAGAUCUCUAAGUGUGUAGAAGAAGUAUUCUUGGACUGAGCCUAAACUAAGGAAAAGGCCACUAGCAGCCAUGACAUUGGUCUCCUUUGCGGUCACAUUUCUAGUGGGAACUAGAGAACUUUGACCAAUGACAAGAUCAGUGUCGAUGAAGAAAUGUUGACAUCAGUCGAGGGCAUUGCAUCACUGUAAAUGGAACAGCAUCACUGAGAACUAUUCAUAUUUUCCGUGCGUAGCAACCAGUAAAAAAACAACAAUGUACCAAACCAUCACAACCGACGAUACCAAGCAAAAGGUUAAAAAUUGUAAAACAGGGAAAAACUGACAUUUCACGAGAGAUGUUUAUGCUUAGAGCACUUAAAUAGCUGAAUUUCAACUUCAAUUGCAUCGUUAGAAACGUGAAAACAGUGUACAAGCAUUGGAAGGAAAUGGAAGGUCAAUUGAAUCUAUAGUCUAUAAGCUUUGCUAUUGGAAGUAGGAAACCAAGGCAAAUUGCGAUGAAGUGAGAAAAACUGCAAAAUUUGAAGGGGCAACGUGAUAAUCUUUCUCAAACAUCUUCUCCCACACACUUGCUUCUGCAUAAAGUAAAUGGGGGUAGCAAACCUAGGCUUGCAUAAACAUUUAACAAAGUGAAGUGCCCAUUAAACGACCUGACAAAGCAAAUUGGCAUAAGCAAAUUUAGGAGACAGGAACCACAGUACAUGAUUCCUACUUGCACGCUUUUUGCCUUUGCUUGCUGGUUCUGUCCUUGAAGGCAAGCCUUCCCAUUUUGCUCAGCUGCAUAUAUAAAACUACCCUCCACAUUCACCAGCACCAUACUUUCUUUGUCCCUUCUGCUCUCUCUCUCUCUCCCUCCCUCCCUCUGUUAAAAAGAGGAUUCCGCUUGUCAAUGUGCAAGUGAGAGAGGAAGUGGGACAAAUUGUCUCCGUGGGUCAGUUCUUGAAUUGGGGUUCUUGAAUCUUCACCUUUGAGCAUUCUGUCCAAUGUUUCUGGCGAAAAAACAACAAUGAGCAGAAACUGGGUUGUCUUUGUCCUCAUCUUAGUGAUUCUCUGUGGAGGGUUCUCACCAGCCUCGGCUACUCCUGCAAGAAUUCUGGGUAGCGCGGUGUCCAAUGUAGUAUCUGCUCUUGUGAAAUGGCUGUGGUCGCUACAACAAUCCACUUCCAAACCAUCUGUUACUAGCCGUUCAAUGAUGAAAUUCGAAAGUGGAUACACCGUGGAGACGGUUUUUGAUGGGAGCAAGCUCGGAAUUGAACCGCAUUCAGUUGAGGUCUCUCCUAGUGGGGAGCUUAUGGUGCUGGACUCUGCGAAUAGUAACCUCUACAGAAUUUCAUUCCCUUUGUCCCGUUAUAGCAGGCCCAAGCUAAUUGCUGGCUCACCUGAGGGGUAUUCUGGGCAUGUAGAUGGGAAGACUAAAGAAGCAAGGAUGAGCCAUCCUAAGGGGCUUACUAUUGAUAAUAGAGGGAAUAUUUACAUUGCUGACACAAUGAAUAUGGCCAUCAGAAAGAUCAGUGACACAGGCAUGUCAACCAUAGCUGGUGGGAAACGGGGUCGAGGAGGAGGUCAUAUUGACGGCCCAAGCGAGGACGCGAAGUUUUCAGAUGAUUUUGAUGUUUUUUAUGUCGGUAGCAGCUGUUCUCUUCUGAUAGUAGACAGAGGUAACCAGGCCAUUCGGGAAAUACAACUUCAAGAUGAUGAUUGUUCCCAUGCGUCCAAUGAGAGCUUUCAUUUAGGAGUAGCAGUACUUGCUGCGGCUGGCUUUUUUGGUUAUAUGUUGGCGCUACUGCAGCAAAGAGUGAAGGCCAUGUUUUCUUCCCGGGGUGAUUUAAAACCUCCAAUGAAGAAAAUGUCGCCUGUGCCACCAUAUCAAAGGCCUCCUAAAUCAGUUAGACCCCCUCUAAUACCGCCGGAGGGGGAAUCUGAACUACCAGAAGAAGAGGGUUUAUUCUCUUCGAUUGGGAGGCUCGUGGUCAACUCCGGCUCAUCCAUGGCCGAAAUUGUUUCUGGUUCUAAGAGGAAACCCCAGCACUUUGAUUUCCGUCAGCAGCAGCAACAGCAGUUAUACAAUGAACACACCAAUUCAUGGCCGAUGCAGGAAAGCUUUGCGAUUCCUGAUGGAGAUGAUCCUCCGCCACCAUUAGAGACCAGAACUCCAACCCCAAAGAGGACCUACCCGUUCACAAGCAAAGAAAUUGAGAAGAGUCAACACUUCAGGCAAAGCCAGGGUCACUACGGCAGGUGGGUUGGGGAUUACUCCCAGCAGCAGCAGCAGCAGCAGCAGCAGCAGCCAAGGCAAAUGCAGCAGCAGCAGCAGCAGCAGCCAAGGCAAAUGCAGCACCAUCAACAGCACCACCACCGGCAUUACUCGCCCGAACCAAACACGUACUACGAGAGGAGCUGUGAGACGAAUGAGAUAGUCUUCGGUGCGGUCCAAGAACAAGAUGGCCGGCGUGAAGCCAUGGUGAUCAAGGCCGUUGACUAUGGAGAUCCUCGGUUCGACCACCGCAGCAUUCGGCCUCGAAUCAACUACAUGGGUUACUCUCAUGGAUACUGAGGACCAGAUCUCGCGAUUUUACAUGAAUGGUAGAUACACAAGUUUGUUAUGUUUUCUUUCUUCCUUUCUACCUUUCUGAUAAGUAAGUUUGUUAUGUGAGGUAUGAAAAAUGAUAUGGUAGAAUCACGCUGUAAAAAUAUGAGAGUUAGGCUGUAGCAUCCAUCUCUUUCUUUUAACUUUUCUUCUCCGUUGAGGAAUGUAUCAGAGAUAACGUGAGUGAAAGUAACCUAUUGAUUCCCCUGCACUUUUCUUUAUUGACCAGCAAAGUUUGAAGAGAA